UUUGCAGUGAAUUUGUUCAGGACAUUACCACCACCAUCAAAUCCAAACGGUGCAGAGUUUGAUCCAGAAGAGGAUGAGCCCACACUUGAAGCUGCUUGGCCACACUUACAGAUUGUCUAUGAGUUCUUCUUGCGGUUUCUGGAAUCACCAGACUUUCAGCCGAACAUAGCAAAGCGAUAUAUAGACCAAAAGUUUGUACUGCAAUUGUUGGACCUGUUUGACAGUGAAGACCCAAGGGAGAGGGAUUUCUUGAAAACUGUGCUGCAUCGAAUAUACGGCAAAUUCCUAGGUCUACGAGCGUAUAUCAGAAAACAAAUCAAUAACAUAUUUUAUAGGUAUAUCUAUGAGACACAGCACCACAAUGGCGUAGCAGAACUCUUAGAAAUUCUAGGCAGUAUAAUCAACGGCUUUGCGCUGCCACUGAAGGAGGAGCAUAAGGUGUUUCUGCUGAAGGUGCUGCUGCCACUGCACAAAGUGAAGUCGCUGAGCGUCUACCACCCGCAGCUUGCCUACUGCGUCGUCCAGUUCCUAGAGAAGGACCCGAGCCUCACGGAGCCGACAAUCAUGGGACUGUUGAAGUUUUGGCCAAAGGUUCACUCUCCAAAAGAGGUGAUGUUCCUCAACGAGCUCGAGGAGAUACUGGACGUCAUUGAGCCGGCCGAGUUCAACAAGGUGAUGUCACCGCUGUUCCGGCAACUCGCCAAGUGCGUGUCGAGUCCGCACUUCCAGGUCGCCGAGCGCGCGCUCUACUACUGGAACAAUGAGUACAUCCUGAGCCUGAUCAGCGACAACGCGACGACGAUCCUGCCCAUCAUGUUCCCGGCGCUCUACAGGAACUCGAAGGCGCACUGGAACAAGACGAUACACGGGCUCAUCUACAAUGCACUGAAGCUGUUCAUGGAGAUGAACCAGAAGCUGUUUGACGACUGCACGCAGAACUACAAAGCUCAGAGAGACCAGGAUAAGGAGAAGCACAGAGAGGUAGCGUGGCACAAGGUGUGCAGCCUGGCACGGCAAAACGUCGACUACAAGGAUGGGCCGGCGCCGGCGCGGAGCUUGGUAGACGGGCUGCGCAAGCAGACGGCCGAACCGAUGGACCUAGAUGAUUCUCAGCCCAGCUCAAGUAGGAUAAAGAAAGAGAUUGCCAAAGAGGCAAUGGCUGCGCCGGCCGCCGCCAAGAGCGAGUGUCCGCCACUGCUGCGCAGCAAGUCCGAACUGCCGAUCAACCAGGCGACGGCGUGCGCGCUCAACGCGUACGGAGAGCACCACCACCUCGGCGCUUACUCCGAGCUCGGCUGAGUCCAUCGUCAUCGUCAUCGCUGCCGCCGCCACGGCGCGCAGCUCUCAACAUUCCGCAUCUCUCGUCGUCGCCACGUCUUUCUCUCGUCGCCGUGGCUUUCUCUCAUCAGCUGCGGCAGCGGAGGCGGACCGUCGUCCCGGCCGUCGUCGCCGUCGCCGCGGUUACGUCGCCCGCCGCGCGCUCCUACAACUUGGCGGUUACGUGCGCGCGCCGCUACGAUCCACCGCUCCGAGGUGGCGCCACGGCAACACGCCGCUUGGCAGGCGGCAGCGGCGGGCGUGUGCGCCGGCGCAGGAAGAGUCUCCGUCAACGCCAGGUGCAGCAGGAGGAGACAGGAGGACUUAAGCGGCGCCCCAGCAGGAGAAAAUGCCGACCGACGACGCGGUGGCUGCGCGGCGUCCCCGGCCGGCGCUCAUCCGUGUCGGCAGGACGAUUACGAGGCGCCCCCUCGUGGAGGUCGACGGCGAUUCUUCUAAUCCAACGCGGCGUUCGGGGGCGGUUUGCCCGAUGGAACUCGCGCACAACAGAUACGGCGCAAGUGCAUUCCACGGCUGACGUGUGGAAAGCCCUACGACAGCAACAUGAUUCCUCAGUGGGGUCUCGCGUCGUUACGACCGAUACCCCGCCGACCACCGACGACCACCACGUGGGGAGUGCUCUGGGUGUACACGUUACAGGGGAUGGCGUGCGUAGGUUAGUGGCGGGAAUAUGCCUCGCGUGGAUGCGGUUAGUCUAUACCGACGCUGGCACGCACGUGCGGAUAGUUCUCGGUUCGGGCGAUUUCUCGUCAUACGUGAUGAAUGCCAUCCCCUGCGCGUGUAGGGAGGUGCUGCAGUGCAGGUUGCAAAUGUCGCGUCGGAACCAAAUGUAAAUACAGACAGCUGGCAGAUUGGUACUCUUAGCUGUGCUGAGGGGACCGUGAUCAUGUUUGGACCUCGGAUCGCAUCUCGAUCGAUUAGCAUACUACUAGUGUACAAUACGUUCAAUAUGUAGUUUGUGAACUCUAGAUAGGCUAUGAUGUCAAGCCAUACCCCCUCCCCUCCCCCCGAGCAGUGCAGUGGUCACUGGUAGCGCAUUUGUCUGCACGAAAUCGGAAUCGCUCCGUGAAUAGUCUCAUCGUUUGUAUACAAUUGAUAAAAUCGCUUUGUUAGCCUGUCCGUCUGUGUAUGUAGGUAGAGAGAGAGAGAGAGAGAGAGAGUCUUGAAUACGGUAGGGACUUGCUCCCCCAGGAUUCUAGCUCAACAGACACUAAAACAUGGCGUGGCGUGACUUGCGGGAGGUUCACCGCGGAGCUUUGUCGUAGCACCGUCGACUGCUCGCCGUGGCAGUUCGAAAACUUUUAUAUUUUCCAAACUUUCGGCAGGUAACAGUGUAGAGAUAGUGUUGCAGCCAACGACAGGCCGUGGAUGAUGGCCCCUAGAGGUGUAAGAAAUUGUGUUUUAAAUUGAGUUUUUACCUGGACCCACGUGUGUGGCGGAGAUGGGAAUGCAUGUUCCAUCUCGUUGAUCCCAAAAAAAUCACGCAGCGGUGGUUUACCCCUGAUCAACCUGGUGUCCCAUGUCACUAGGCAGCACCACCCUAUGCUUUUAGUCGCGAGAAAACGCACCUAAUACCAAUCCGAUUUUAAUGCUAGCUAACACAUCCAUGGCAGCUCCCCCGAUUUUAAUGGUUUGUACUGUCGGUGCAACAAGGCCUACUCGGCUUGGAUUCGCAUUGCACGCUAGAGAAUAUAUAAUUGUGCAAAUGAAUCUGCGAACAUGAUGGGGGGAGAGGCAGGUUCUGCACGGCUACGUCCAACGUGUUGUCUCUGUGUGCUUCUUGUUAAGUUUCCUUAUUCUAUUCAAGACAUGGAGAGAUAGAGAGAGAGAGAGAGAGAGAUGUAGGCGUGGGGAAGACACACGUAAUAUUCCUAGAUUGUAUUAAACUAUUCUGUGCAAAUAAAUGACAGAACACUUCGGUAAA